UGGAAUGAGUUGGCUUUUCCUCUUUUUCUUUUCAUUCUUUUCAUUCUUCAUUUCAUCUUCGUGUUCUGUAUAAACGCAGAGAAACAUAUACAGCAGAUAUACGGAGACGGCCAAGUGCAUUGUUGCCUUGGUGCCUGGACCUGCAAAGUGAAACACCACCAGAAGCCAAGAUUCCGUCUGUCCCACUCUUUCUUCCUCUUGCUUCUAGCCUCUUUUCUACCUGGACUGGCAUAUUAUAACUGUCAUCUCAUCAUCUUUAUCGCUCAAUUAUCACUCAAUUAUCAUUACCACUCAUUAUCACUACAUUCGCUCGCUCAUCGAAUACCGCGACUACUCUUCAACGCAGCGCGACCGUACGGCGCAUCUGACUGAGAUCAUAGCAUAUCAGACAGACACACUUACAAUCGAGCAUCUACUGCGUAUCUAAUAUUAAGGACUGCUACUCCACCACGCUCACCGAUCUCGACAAUCACUACAGUCCAACCAUCGUACAUAUCAUAUUGAUACUGCCAUUCUAAGCUAACGGUCAUACUUCGCAAUAACCUUACUCCACAGUUGGGAUAGUUAGUGAUUGUCUAUCCACAAUUACCAGCUCUAGUCUGUGCACGUCGCAUUACGUCGCAAAAAACCGGUUUACAUAGGGCAACAACAAAUAAAAAAAAAACUAAACAUGGCGACCCGUUACGCUAAUAAUAAUAAUAACCAACCUCCUCUACCAUCUCCCCCAACAUCACCUCGUCGCAGUCGCGGAAUCAGUUUUGGCGGAAAAUCCGAAAAGUCGCAUCGAUCUAGCCAUUCGGCUGGUGGGAAGAUUUCGUUGCAUGAGACUCCAGAGGAGAAGGCUAAACGGAUUUUGCAUACGAAAGCUGAUCCGACGCUCGCUAUGAAUGAAGCUCAACCUGCGACCGUGGCGUUGUUGGAAAAGUCGAAUCUGGGAUCGUUGCGAUCGAUUCAGCAUAAGGAUCAAUAUGGGAAUAUUAUAACUGACCCCGAUCUGUCGAAUCCGACUCGUCCUCGACUUGAGAGGCCGCUGGAUACUAUUCGAUCUUUUGAAGCUGCGAUUGAUGGAAGCUACCAUAACCGUCGCAUGUCAUACGCCACUGAUGCAUCUCAGAGUCGACCAGGCAGUUAUUAUGGCGAACCGAAUCAAAAUGGCUACGGACGUCCUUCCAUGUCUCGACCAGACAGUUACGUCGACUACGGCGCAUCCGGAUCGAAUGGAUAUUAUUACAACCAAGGGCCGCGAGGUAACCGACCGCGACAUCCCAACAAUCGCGUGAACUCAGACUACACCAACGGCAAUGGCCAUCAGCAACAACAGAACUUCUACCCCAACUCGCCCUACCAACGAUCGCAAGACAACUUCACCGCUGGCUCUGGGUCUGCAAAUACUGAUCAAUGGGGCAACUCGACCGACCCCAGCUCAGUCAACAGCUCAUUCGACCGAUUGCAGCAACAAGCCGCACAACAAAAACAAUACCAACAGCAACAACAGCCGUCUGAGACUUACGGGCUAAAUGGAUUCGGUGGAAAUCCCCAGAUUGAUACCUCGUUUCAACACGACUACAGAAACGGUGUACCUGCACCACCUCCUCAUGGACAAUCAAACGGUCAAGCCUCGCAACCAUUCAAUCCCGCACUUCCAGCCCCAGCUCGAAAAGUCGCCGACACCGACGACAAAAAGAAACGCGGUAGUUGGUUCAAACGACGAUUUAGCAAGGAUUGAUUUCUUGCCGACGAGUACAUACUUCCUUUUUUUUUUCGUCAUGUCAUUCUACGUAUGCUAUGUUUGCCACGAAAUUGAACGCACGGAUAUCACAUAAUUAAUGGAUAAGAUCGGUACGGAUCUGGAUGGCGCUGUAUUUAUUUCAUUUUAUUUUCUGUGGGAUAUCUGCCUUCUUAUACUAAAUUUGAUUAACGAUAUAAAUUGAUUAAUAACUAACAUCCCCAUGGAUAUCACAACGAAAUAACAUCAAGAAAAUAAUUACUAUCUAUACCACCAACCACCAUAACCACGCCGUCUACAAUCUUGCCCUUAGAAGCGGGGGAAGAGAGAUCACUUCCCGAACAACUUCCUCUUCAAUUUAUCCGCCAACCCUUCAUACACCUUCCCAUCCGCUGAAUCUCCAGUAGCAGGAGCCUUGCCGGUACUAUUGGUAUGCUUAUGACCGAGAUGAUGUUUCUUGUCCUGUUCAUGGCUCUCAUCGAGGUGGACGUUUCCUUGGCCUCCGCG